AUGAAGUUUGGAUUCAACGUCUUCAUUGUGGCUGCUGCCCUCGUUGCUCACGCCGCCGCGACCCCAGUCAAAGGCCUCAUCCCCAACUACGCGACGACCGUCACAGAGACGUUCGGCGGAACCACCAUCACGUUGACCGAGACCAUCGAUCCUCCCGGCUCUUUCCCCACGGGACGGUGA